CACAAUGUACAAAAUAUUACUAUCUAGAGUAAGUCUGAAAGUAUUCUCCCUUAUCAGGGACCUACCGACCUACCAAGGGGCACUGGACGCCCUCAAAAGACAGUACCUGUGGCUGGUGAACACUGUCUACGCAAGACAUUGCUUAGCGACGCAACAACAGCGACCCGGCGAGUCAAGCGGGCAGGUUCUCCGAGCCCUACAGACACUUGUGCGGGCUUGUGACUGCAAAGGUCUGACAAUGGAGCAGCAUUCGGAGCUCCUGGUACGAGACACCUUCGUUACGGGGAUCAGGUCAGUGUACGUGCGCCAGUGGCUGCUGGAAAAUGCCGAUCUUACCUUACGCUCGGCGAUCGAGACGGCCGACAUGCUGGAGGCUGCUCUGCACAACGCUGACGCUGCCCAGCCGCGCGAUCCCCUGCCAGUUCCGUGGACACUGCAGACCCCGAUGCUGCCGGUUCCCGCGAGUGAAUUCACCACCACCGCUGCCAGUCGCGAGUCCACGAACUCCCCGAAACCGACCACAGCUGCUGCCAGUCGCAAGCCCACGCAGUGUUACUUCUGCAGACUCGAAAAGCACCCCCAAAAAUGCUGCCCGGCCCGAGAAGUGACCUGUUCCAGCUGUGGGAAGAAGGGCCAUUUCGCCAAGGUCUGUAAGUCUGAACCAGGAGCGGGGUCGGGCAGCGCCACGUGUGAGGCAUGGGGGCGGCCAUCUUUGUUGGCACCACCUCGCCCCGCCCCCGACCCACCGGUGCUUACUGGGCACCAAGACGGCGAUUCAACUCUGGCCUCCGUGACCCUCGACCAAAGCGCUCCACACCAGCUUGCAAGGUCAAUGAUGGACAUCCAGGUGAAGGGGCACAGGACUAGCUGCCUGUUUGACAGGCAGCACUGAGAGUUUUAUUGAUCCGGACACGGUGCAAUGCUGCGGACUCGUGACACGGCCGGAAGUCUGCCACUGGGACCACCCUACCGGCUUGGCUGACAUCCCCAGGGCCAGCGCUGCUCCGGAAACAUGUGAGGGGCAAUAAAUACUUCCUGCUGGUCGAGAGGGUUCACCUUCUACAUGCGAACCCCCAGCAUGCCUACGUGGUCUUACCUGAUGGGCGGGAGGACAUGGCCUCCAUCCGCGACCUGGCGCCCGCAGGAACAGCAGACCACUACCCCGAACACUCCAUAAAAUUACAGAAAAUACACCGAGGGACUGAAAGUUUUCACUCUUAAAGUCAAGUCACGGUAAUAGCCAGAAGUGAUCUUCAAGAAAUGAUAGAGAAGUUGCAAACGGAAUCGAGCAAAAGACAAAAUGUCCUUUUAGAAGAGAAUUAGCAGAGAGACAAGAAUGAAGGCUGGAAUAUCAGGAAACCAAUAGGUAUUUGGCUGUAAAGAAAGAUCUCACUUUGUAAGGAAGUGCAGGAAAUUACAGGAGUGUUAGGAAGUACAAUCCUGAAUUGUUAUUGGUCCAUUAUUGUCAUACCGAGAUACAAUGAAAAGCUUGGCUUGCAUAUUGUUUAUACAGAUUAAAUGAUUACACAGUGCAUUCAGGUGGGAUAAGGUACAACAAUAAUAGAAUAUAGAAUAAAGCGUAGCAGCUAUAUAGAAAGUCAAUGCAUGCAGACAUUUAGAUUUAGAUCAUAAUGAGGUUGAUUAUAGUCAAGAGUUCAUGUUAUUGUACUGGGGUGUCAUUUCUUACAAAAGUAGGACCUACCUCGUGCCUGAUGGUACACCCCUUUCUAUCUUGUUGAUAUAUUUCUAUAGGUAGGUAACCAGAACUGGACACAAUACUUCAAAUUUGGCCACAACAAUGUCCGGUACAACUUCAAUGUGCCCCAAUUAGGUAAUGUUUAAUUUGUUAUGAAUGUACAUUGGACACAAAAUCUUUACAGAUGCUGAAUACUGUUAGUGACCAGUUGCAAGUACAAUUGUGAACAUGUUGUAAUCUUACAUAGUAAAUGCCUGAAUGUAAGCAUAACUAGUUUUGUAAAAUUCAGUGAGAAUACGUUUACCAUUUUUUUUCAAUAUAGAGCAUUAUGUUUCAAAUAUGACGAUAUUAUGGUGACUCCCCAUCAACUACAAGGAAAAAUACUAGCUCAAGAGGUUGUUGCAUGGUUUUUGCCUCUACAUUAUUUAAUUUUACUUGCAUUUCAUUUGAGACUGGUUUUGUUUACUUGAAAUUUUGACUUUAAUCAAGGGAUUAGUCCAAUGCUCUUAUAUAACCUUGAUCCAAAAGCUUAUUUGAUAUUAACCUCACAAAGUUAAUAUUGCACAUUGCUACAUAGACUCAAAACCAACUUGUGCAGAGUUUUAUAAUGUGCUGUAUUGUUAAAAAUAAUCAUAAACUAAGUAAUUAUCCUUCUCUUUCAUUUCUCAUUGGAUUUUCCUUGUCCCAAUUGACUUUUUAAUUUAAAAUUCAAACCUGAACUUCAGAAAUGCAAAUUCUGUGCAGCCUUCAUUCUUGGUAGCACUGUUUGUAACCUUAUUAUUUAAGAGGUCAGUUUUCCUGUGUGGCAGAGCUCAGAACCUUACUUGCAGGUUUCUUCAGUUCUGAUCAUCGUGAACUACUUUAUGUUGUACUGUCAUCAAGUAAACUAGGUGUGGUUCAUUUUUCUGAAUCAAAAACAUUUUUAUUAUCACUAACAUAUGUCGUGAAAUUUGUUGCUUUGCAGUAGCAGUAAAUAUAUCCAAAAAUAAGCAGAGUAAAAAAAGAGAAAAAAUACUGUUAGCAUUAAUUAUUCAUUCAGAAAUCUGAUGACAGAUGGGAACAGCUGUUCUUAAAAGCUGUUCAGAGUAUAUUAACAGUAUCAAUGGUUACAGGGAGAAGGCAGGAGGAUGGGGACAAGAACAAUAAUAAAUCAGCUAUGAAGGAAUGACAGAGCAGACUAGAUAGGCUGAAUAGCCCAAUUCUGCUCCUAUGUGUUAUGGUGUGCUGUAUGACUCUGACUUCACAUUUGUUUAAUACCUCCAUCAUUUCUUUAUCCUGAUUAUUUUUGUCUCAUCCCACAAAGGCCUCAUAGCAAUUUUUGAUAAUCCUUUUCUUAUUAUAGGUCUAGAAAGGCUUACAGUGUAUUUUUAUGUCUGUCAACUGAUUCAUAUUCCACUUUUCCUUUGUUAAAUUCCCAAGGUCCUUUGCUACAGUAUUAAAAUGUCAAAAUAUCCAGAAUAAUUUGCUCUUUUUGGUGACAUAUGAUUUUUUUUCCUUUUGAUACAGUAUAACAAUAGGUUUAACUUAUUAGUCGUGGUUGGAUCUCUUAACUUCAAAGGGAUGUAUA